GUUCUGCCCUCAUAGAAAGGGUGAAGGGGUUGUUUCCGUGACGGACUGACUACGGGUGCCUGUGAGGCUCUUGCGGAAGUCCAUGCGCCAUUGGGAGGGCCUCUGCCGCGGCUCUGUGCCCUUGCUGUUGAGGGCCUCUUCCUGGGUCAUUCCUGGACCGGGAGCCGGGCUGGGGCUCACACGGGGGCUCCCGCGUGGCCGUCUCGGCGCCUGCGUGACCUCCUCGCCGGCGGGAUGUGGCGACUACGUCGGGCCGCUGUGGCCUGUGAGGUCUGCCAGUCUUUAGUGAAGCACAGCUCUGGAAUAAGAGGAAGUUUACCACUACAAAAACUGCAUCUGGUUUCACGAAGUAUUUAUCAUUCACAUCAUCCUACAUUAAAGCUUCAACGACCUCAAUUAAGGACAUCAUUUCAGCAGUUCUCUUCUCUGACAAACCUUCCUUUACGUAAACUGAAAUUCUCUCCAAUUAAAUAUGGCUACCAGCCUCGCAGGAAUUUUUGGCCAGCAAGAUUAGCUACGAGACUCUUAAAACUUCGCUAUCUCAUACUAGGAUCUGCUGUUGGGGGUGGCUACACAGCCAAAAAGACUUUUGAUCAGUGGAAAGAUAUGAUACCGGACCUUAGUGAAUAUAAAUGGAUUGUGCCUGACAUUGUGUGGGAAAUUGAUGAGUAUAUCGAUUUUGAGAAAAUUAGAAAAGCCCUUCCUAAUUCAGAAGACCUUGUAAAGUUAGCACCAGACUUUGACAAGAUUGUUGAAAGCCUCAACUUAUUGAAGGACUUUUUUACCUCAGGUCACAAAUUGGUUAGUGAAGUCAUAGGAGCUUCUGACCUACUUCUCUUGUUAGGUUCACCAGGAGAAACGGCGUUUAGAGCAACAGAUCAUGGAUCUGAAGGUGACAAGCAUUUUAGAAAGGGUCUGCUUGGUGAGCUCAUUCUCUUACAACAACAAAUUCAAGAGCAUGAAGAGGAAGCGCGCAGAGCCGCUGGCCAAUAUAGCACGAGCUAUGCCCAACAGAAGCGCAAGGUGUCAGACAAAGAGAAAAUUGACCAACUUCAAGAAGAACUUCUGCACACUCAGUUAAAGUAUCAGAGAAUCUUGGAACGAUUAGAAAAGGAGAACAAAGAAUUGAGAAAAUUAGUAUUGCAGAAAGAUGACAAAGGCAUUCAUCAUAGAAAGCUUAAGAAAUCUUUGAUUGACAUGUAUUCUGAAGUUCUUGAUGUUCUCUCUGAUUAUGAUGCCAGUUAUAAUACACAAGAUCAUCUACCACGGGUUGUUGUGGUUGGAGAUCAGAGUGCUGGAAAGACUAGUGUGUUGGAAAUGAUUGCCCAAGCUCGAAUAUUCCCGAGAGGAUCUGGGGAGAUGAUGACACGUUCUCCAGUUAAGGUGACUCUGAGUGAAGGUCCUCACCAUGUGGCCUUAUUUAAAGACAGUUCUCGGGAGUUUGAUCUUACCAAAGAAGAAGAUCUUGCAGCAUUAAGACAUGAAAUAGAACUUCGAAUGAGAAAAAAUGUGAAAGAAGGCUAUACCGUUAGCCCUGAGACCAUAUCCUUAAAUGUAAAAGGCCCUGGACUACAGAGGAUGGUGCUUGUUGACUUACCAGGUGUGAUUAAUACUGUGACAUCAGGCAUGGCUCCUGACACAAAGGAAACUAUUUUCAGUAUCAGCAAAGCUUACAUGCAGAAUCCUAAUGCCAUCAUACUAUGUAUUCAAGACGGAUCUGUGGAUGCUGAGCGCAGUAUUGUUACAGACUUGGUCAGUCAAAUGGACCCUCAUGGAAGGAGAACCAUAUUUGUUUUGACCAAAGUAGACCUGGCAGAGAAAAAUGUAGCCAGUCCAAGCAGGAUUCAGCAGAUAAUUGAAGGAAAGCUCUUCCCAAUGAAAGCUUUAGGUUAUUUUGCUGUUGUAACAGGAAAAGGGAACAGCUCUGAAAGCAUUGAAGCUAUAAGAGAAUAUGAAGAAGAGUUUUUUCAGAAUUCAAAGCUCCUAAAGACAAGCAUGCUAAAGGCACACCAAGUGACUACAAGAAAUUUAAGCCUUGCAGUAUCAGACUGCUUUUGGAAAAUGGUACGAGAGUCCGUUGAACAACAGGCAGAUAGUUUCAAAGCAACACGUUUUAACCUUGAAACUGAGUGGAAGAAUAACUAUCCUCGCCUGCGGGAACUUGACCGGAAUGAACUAUUUGAAAAAGCUAAAAAUGAAAUCCUUGAUGAAGUUAUCAGUCUGAGCCAGGUUACACCAAAACAUUGGGAGGAAAUCCUUCAGCAGUCUUUGUGGGAAAGAGUAUCAACUCAUGUGAUUGAAAACAUCUACCUUCCAGCUGCACAGACCAUGAAUUCAGGAACUUUUAAUACCACAGUGGAUAUCAAGCUUAAACAGUGGACUGAUAAGCAACUUCCUAAUAAAGCAGUAGAGGUUGCUUGGGAGACCCUACAAGAAGAAUUUUCCCGCUUCAUGACAGAACCCAAAGGGAAAGAGCAUGAUGACAUAUUUGAUAAACUUAAAGAGGCCGUUAAGGAAGAAAGUAUUAAACGACACAAGUGGAAUGACUUUGCGGAGGACAGCUUGAGGGUUAUUCAACACAAUGCUUUGGAAGACCGAUCCAUAUCUGAUAAACAGCAGUGGGAUGCAGCUAUUUAUUUUAUGGAAGAGGCUCUGCAGGCUCGUCUCAAGGAUACUGAAAAUGCAAUUGAAAACAUGGUGGGUCCAGACUGGAAAAAGAGGUGGUUAUACUGGAAAAAUCGGACCCAAGAACAGUGUGUUCACAAUGAAACCAAGAAUGAAUUGGAGAAGAUGUUGAAAUGUAAUGAGGAGCACCCAGCUUAUCUUGCAAGUGAUGAAAUAACCACAGUCCGGAAGAACCUUGAAUCCCGAGGAGUAGAAGUAGAUCCAAGCUUGAUUAAGGAUACUUGGCAUCAAGUUUAUAGAAGACAUUUUUUAAAAACAGCUCUAAACCAUUGUAACCUUUGUCGAAGAGGUUUUUAUUACUACCAGAGGCAUUUUGUAGAUUCUGAGUUGGAAUGCAAUGAUGUGGUCUUGUUUUGGCGUAUACAGCGCAUGCUUGCUAUCACCGCAAAUACUUUAAGGCAACAACUUACAAACACUGAAGUUAGGCGAUUAGAGAAAAAUGUUAAAGAGGUAUUGGAAGAUUUUGCUGAAGACAGUGAGAAGAAGAUUAAAUUGCUUACUGGUAAACGUGUUCAACUGGCGGAAGACCUCAAGAAAGUUAGAGAAAUUCAAGAAAAACUUGAUGCUUUCAUUGAAGCUCUUCAUCAGGAGAAAUAAAUUAUAUUAAAUUCAUACUUAUAAUCAGCUCUGCAUAUAUCUGAAGAACAAAAACAUCAACGUCUUUUGUCCAGCCUCCUUUUCUUCUACUGUUCCACCUUUCUAAACAUACAAUAAAGUCAUGGGAUAAAAAUAAUUGAUGUGUGUUACGGGCGCUUUAACCAUCAGCUGCCUUUCGAAUGGAAGAACAGUGGUAAUGGAUUAACAUCCUACUUUGCUGUACUAAAGUGACAAAUGGGAAUAAUAGAAUUGAUACGGCCAUUAGGUUCAGUCCUUGAAGAUAAGAAACUUGCUCUCUGUUGGUUGUCUUAUUUGUGGUGGUGGCACUAGUUUACCGCGUUCACUGAGGGUACUCAGUGUCAAUUUCUUCUUCAGAAAUACAAUGCUAGGUGUUUUGAAAUAAGACUUAUAUAGCACUUUUUUUAAAGUUAUCAAUUGUAUAUAAAAUCACAAUAGCGUGCUAAAUCAUUGUGUGUGUCUGUAGUAUUCUAUUCCCAGAAACUAUUUGACCAUGAUAAUUCAGUUUAUAUUCACCACAUGAAAGAAAAGUGGGUAACAGAAGAACCCCUAUAACAGGUUAAUUUGGAUUGUAACAAUUCAGUGUACAUUCAGUGAAAGAAGUUUCAACCCUUCAUAGCCAGCGAAGAAAUUUGCCUUGGAAGCUAAGUCAGUACCAGCUUUUACCUAUUUGAUUCAGUUGCUGUUUUCUCACUCUAUAUCCAUUUGAAAUUGAUUUAUUUUAGAUGUUGUAUACUUAUGUUAGGCUUUCUGUUAAUAGUGGGUUUUUUCCUGUUGACAGAGCCACUGGAUUAUGACACAGGAUGAGGAAUAUUAAAGAUAAUCAAUUGACUAAUUUCAUUUAGAAUAUUAUCAAACAUUUCAACUAGACAUCAGAAAAAGGCUUUCUUUGAUAAGACUAUUUUAAAUAGAAAUUAUUUCAAUAAUUAAAGUAAUGUUGACCAUCCCCCUCUUAGCUGAAUAAAGAAAAAUUUAGUUUAAUUUAUUGCAAUUUAAUUACAGUACUACCUUUAUAACAUUUUCAUGUGUUUUAAAUAAAUAUUUUUUAAUUGGCUACAGGACAUUCAAGCAAAGAAAUGCUUUUUUUACUUAAAAUGUCUAUCUCAUUUGCUGCCUUUUCACUAAGGCUUUACUUUGUUAAUAAAAAUGUCCAUUGUGUGAUGUUUUUUAUUUUACAGUUCACUAAAUCUUAUUUUCUUGGAAUUGCUUUUUGGUAACAGCUCCAUUGCUACUCCCCAUUUUAUUGUUUUCCAUCAUGCAUGCUUCGUUGUGAUCCCUCAAGAUGUAACACUUGGUACACACGGUUGAGGAUAUGGAAAAACACUUCCGAAAGCGGGAAUUCAGUGUAUGUUUGUUUUAUACUGUUUGAUAAGGAAAGUAGGUCCAGUUUUAAGCAGCACAGAUGUGCUGGUAGAUGCAUAGUCAGGAACUUUUUUUCUUUCUUUUAGGUCUAGGGACAGGAGUGAAUAGAAGGGAGGAGAACUCUAUUAUGUUGAAUACACAGAUUAGGAGAUCACCUUACUGGGUACACCCCUCUAACCAGUGCUUACAGGUUAAUUCAUGUUAAUGAAUAUUUUUGCAGUUGUAAAGCAUAACAAUUACAACUACAGAUCUAUUUCUAAAGAAUAAAACAGGACCAUAUUUAUUUACUUCUGUCAACUAUAGAGAGAAAGAAAUACCCUCAGCUGUAUUUCCACAGAUUUCUCCCAAGGAAAAAGCUAAUAUUAGUCACUACUGUUAUCACAUCCCUUUGUGUAAGUUUUAAAAAGAGGUGGAGGGAGAGCUUCGUUUCUUUGAGGAGAUAAGUAUUGUAACGUAUGUGAAUAGAUGGUAACAAUAUUACUGAAAGUCCCACAUGAGAGUCCUGACGUCCUCUCCAUGCCGCACAGUAAUUUGGCUGCUUUUAUGGGUUUUUUUCUUCUUUUUAGCUGAUCUCAUCCUAAGUAUGCUUUAUUUUUCCUUGAAAGCUAGGUAUUUAUCAAGUGUAGAUGGUACUGAAAGAAAGUAAAAUUCAGUCUCCAGAGUAAACCUUGUGUCCAGAGUAAAGUCUUGUGUCGGUAGUUCGAAAGUUAGAAAUGAUUCAAAUUUCAGCAAAAAGAUAUUAAAUAGACAGAAGGUAAAUUCGAACUAGCCACAGAAUCAUUUGUUUUUAUGUCAGAAUUUGCAAAGAGUGGAGUGGACAAAGCUCUCUAUGGAAGAUUGAACAACUGUAAAUAGAUGAUAUCCAAAAUUAAUUCGGCUAGGACUUCAGUUUUAAAAAUCAGUGUACCUAGGCAGUGCACAGUAGGAAAUAAGUGGCCCUUGCAGCUUCCCCGUUUAACCCACUGUGCUGUAGUUGCAUGUGGAACAAUCAGCCUUUCUAGUAGUUUAUUAUAUUGCCCUCUCAUUGUAUUCCCAUUUUCCACAGUUUUUUUUCCAGCAGACUUCUUUCUGCAAAUUAUUCGGCCUCCAAAUGCAAAUGAAUGGUAUAAAAAUAAGUAGGGAACAUGGCAGAGAGUGGUGCUUCCCAGCCUCACAAUGUUGGAAUUUGACAUAGGAUAAGAGAGUGUAGAUUUAAAAGAUAAAAUCUUUAGUUAAUAAUUUUGUGUUUAUUUAUUCUAGAUGUAUGUAUCUGAGGAAAGAAAUAUGGUAUUUUUGCUUUCCAAUAAAGGGGAUCAAAGUAAUGGUUUUUACCUCAGUUCUCUAAGCUGGUAUAUGUUGUAGCUCUAGCAGUGUGGAAAUGUGCUUUAAAAUAUGCUUACCUUUUGAAUGAUCAUGGCUAUAUGUUGUUUAAAUACUUAAAACUUACCUUGUUUUCACUUGUGCACUGUGAAUGAACUUUGUAUUAUUUUUUUAAAACCUUCACAUUACAUGUAGAUAUUAUUGCAACUUAUAUUUUGCCUGUGCUUGAUCAAAGGUCAUUUGUGUAGAUGAGUAAUUAAAAAAUAUUUAAAUCACAUUAUAAUUCUAUUAUUGGAGAGCAUCUUUUAAAUUUUUUUCUGUUUUAAUGAGGGAAAGGGAAACCUGUGUACCUAGGGUCAUUAUUUGACCCCACAGUAUAACCAGAUUCAUGGUCUAACAAGCUCUUAUUGUGGCUUUUCUCUGAAUGCUUGAAUUUCACAUGCCUUGCGUUUCACAAUUGUACUCCAUGGUCAACCGGUGCUUUUUUCACAUCGUGGUACUUGUCAAAACAUUUUGUUAUUUUCCUUGGUAAGAUAUAUAAAAAAGGUUUUAUAAUUUCA